GGGUGGGCGGGCGGCCGCGCCGGAGGUGGCGGAUCCAAGAUGGCGCCGUGCGGACGUGUCCGGAGCUGCCGCCCGGGCCCCGCGCUCCUGCUGCUGCUGGCGCUGGCGGCGCGGCCGGCGAAGGGCGGCCUUCCUGCCGCGGGGCCCGCCGCUCCCGCCAGCCUGGGCUUAGCGGUGCAGGCGGCAGGGCCGGGCGCGGUCGGCCCGCGGGGUCCCCGCGGCGCUGGCGGCGGUUCGGGCAGCGGGUGGAAGCUGUCGGAGGAGGCGGUGUGCCGGGAGGACGUGGUGCGGCUCUGCUCCAAGCACAGCUGGGCCAACAACCUCGCCGUCCUGGAGUGCCUGCAGGACGUUCGCGAGCCAGAUAAUGAAAUCUCCUCAGACUGCAAUCAUCUCCUGUGGAACUACAAGCUGAACCUGACUACAGAUCCAAAGUUUGAAUCCGUGGCCAGAGAAGUCUGCAAGUCCACUAUUGCAGAGAUCAAGGAGUGUGCAGAUGAACCAGUGGGUAAAGGCUUCUUGGUGUCAUGUUUGGUGGAUCACAGGGGCAACAUCACUGAGUACCAGUGCCAUCAGUACAUCACUAAAAUGACAGCCAUUAUCUUCAGCGAUUACCGGUUGAUCUGUGGCUUCAUGGAUGACUGCAAGGCUGACAUCAAUCUCCUGAAAUGUGGCAGCAUUCGACCUGGAGAAAAGGAUGCCCACUCCCAAGGAGAGGUGGUGGCGUGUCUGGAGAAAGGCCUGGUAAAAGAGGCAGAAGAGACUGACCCUCGAGUUCAGGUUUCUGAUCAGUGUAAGAAAGCAAUCCUUCGUGUGGCUGAACUCUCUUCAGAUGACUUCCACCUGGACAGGCAUCUCUACUUUGCCUGCAGAGAUGACAGAGAACGGUUCUGUGAAAAUACUCAGGCUGGGGAAGGCCGGGUCUACAAGUGCCUCUUUAAUCACAAGUUUGAAGAAUCAAUGAGUGAAAAGUGUCGUGAUGCUCUGACAACCCGCCAGAAGCUGAUUGCCCAAGACUACAAAGUCAGUUACUCUCUGGCCAAGUCCUGUAAAAGCGAUCUGAAGAAGUACCGCUGCAACGUGGAGAACCUUCCCCGGUCUCGGGAAGCCAGGCUCUCCUACCUCCUGAUGUGCUUGGAGUCUGCUGUGCACAGAGGCCGCCAGGUGAGCAGUGAGUGCCAGGGGGAGAUGUUGGAUUACCGGCGCAUGCUGAUGGAGGACUUCUCCUUGAGCCCAGAGAUCAUCCUGAGCUGCAGAGGGGAGAUCGAGCACCACUGCUCGGGCCUGCACCGCAAGGGCCGCACCCUGCACUGCCUGAUGAAGGUCGUCCGGGGAGAAAAGGGCAACGUGGGGCUCACCUGUCAGCAGGCACUCCAAACCCUGAUUCAGGAGACGGACCCCGGCGCCGAUUACCGCAUCGACCGGGCGCUGAAUGAGGCCUGCGAGUCGGUGAUCCAGACUGCCUGCAAGCACAUCCGCUCUGGGGACCCCAUGAUUCUGUCUUGCCUGAUGGAGCACUUGUACACUGAGAAGAUGGUGGAGGACUGUGAGCAUAGGCUCCUGGAGCUCCAGUAUUUUAUAUCUCGUGAUUGGAAGCUGGAUACCGUCCUGUACCGCAAGUGCCAGGGAGACGCCUCCCGCCUCUGCCAUACCCAUGGCUGGAAUGAGACCAGUGAGCUGAUGCCUGCAGGGGCUGUUUUCUCCUGCUUGUACAGGCAUGCCUACCGUACAGAGGAGCAGGGGAGGAGGCUAUCACGGGAGUGCAGAGCAGAGGUGCAGAGGAUCCUCCACCAGCGUGCCAUGGAUGUGAAGCUGGACCCAGCUCUCCAGGACAAGUGCAUGAUUGACCUGGGGAAGUGGUGCAGUGAGAAAACGGAGACGGGGCAGGAGCUGGAAUGCCUGCAGGACCAUCUUGAUGACUUGGUGUCUGACUGCAGAGACAUAGUUGGGAACCUCACUGAGCUGGAGUCUGAGGACAUCCAAAUUGAAGCCUUGCUGAUGAGGGCAUGUGAGCCCAUUAUCCAGACAUUCUGCCAUGAGGUUGCAGAUAACCAGAUUGAUUCUGGGGACCUGAUGGAGUGUCUAAUACAGAACAAACACCAGAAGGAAAUGAAUGAAAAAUGUGCAAUCGGAGUCACUCAUUUCCAGCUGGUUCAAAUGAAAGAUUUUAGGUUCUCAUACAAGUUCAAAAUGGCUUGCAAGGAGGACGUGCUGAAACUUUGCCCCAACAUCAAAAAGAAGGUGGAUGUGGUGAUCUGCCUGAGCACAACCGUGCGCAAUGACACUUUGCAGGACGCCAAGGAGCACAGGGUGUCUCUGAAGUGCCGCAAGCAGCUGCGUGUUGAGGAGCUAGAAAUGACAGAGGAUAUCAGGCUUGAACCAGAACUGUAUGAGGCUUGUAAAAGUGACAUCAAGAAUCACUGCCAAAACGUGCCCUAUGGCAAUGCUCAGAUUAUUGAAUGCCUGAAGGAAGUCAAGAAACAGUUGAGUACCCGGUGCCACCAGAAGGUGUUCAAACUGCAGGAGACAGAGAUGAUGGAUCCAGAACUGGACUACACUCUCAUGAGAGUCUGCAAGCAGAUGAUCAAGCGGUUUUGCCCAGAGGCAGACUCCAAAAAUAUGCUGCAGUGUUUGAAACAAAACAAGAACAGUGAAGUGAUGGAUCCUAAGUGCAAGCAGAUGAUUACCAAGCGCCAGAUUACACAGAACACAGAUUACCGCCUCAAUCCAGUGCUCAGGAAGGCGUGCAAAGCAGACAUCCCAAAAUUCUGCCAAAAUAUCCUGAACAGGGCCAAGGAUGACACAGAGUUGGAAGGACAAGUCAUCUCGUGCCUGAAGUUGAAAUACGCAGACCAGCGUCUCUCUCCAGACUGUGAGGACCAAAUCCGAGUGAUAAUCCAAGAAUCAGCUCUAGAUUAUCGGCUGGAUCCCCAACUUCAGAUGCACUGCUCUGAGGAGAUUUCCAACUUGUGUGCGGAAGAAGCAGCAGCUCAGGAGCAGACUGGGCAGGUGGAAGAAUGUCUGAAAGUGAACCUGCUGAAAAUAAAAACAGAAAUGUGCAAGAAGGAAGUGCUCAACAUGCUGAAAGAAAGCAAAGCAGAUAUAUUUGUUGACCCAGUGCUCCAUACAGCCUGUGCCCUGGACAUCAAACACCACUGUGCUGCCAUUCCACCAGGGAGAGGACGCCAAAUGUCCUGUUUAAUGGAAGCUCUGGAAGACAAGAGGGUGAGGCUGCAGCCCGAGUGCAAGAAACGCCUUAAUGAUCGUAUUGAAAUGUGGAGCUAUGCUGCCAAGGUUGCCCCAGCAGAAGGCUUUUCUGACCUUGCCAUGCAAGUUAUGACCUCUCCAUCCAAGAAUUACAUCCUGUCAGUCAUCACAGUUGGCAUCUGUGUACUCUUCCUCAUCGGCCUGAUGUGUGGACGCAUCACCAAGCGGGUGACAAGAGAGCUCAAGGACAGGUAGAGCCUGGAUUGCCUGCUGAAGAAAUGCCUGCCUAGUGCCCAGUUUUGUACAGCCCUCCUCCUCUGUAUAGUCUACCCACCCCUUCUUGUGAGAGGAGAAUAAAAACAAAAACAAACAAAAAAAAUAAUUAGAACAGCAGCAGGUGUUGGCUCAGUUUUCCCAUCCUGGAUCUCAUCCACAGCAUCUUCAUCCUUUGAAAGUUUGUGUGCAACAUUGGCAGCCCAGCCAGCAGCUUUGGUUACCCCUUUGUUAGCAGACUCUUGUUGACCUGCCUGUAGACAAGUCUCUGUUGUACUGUUGGAACUGCCUUCACUCUCCAAACCAGACUGAUUGUGACCUGCAGCUCAAGGAGUUUUUAAGUCAAUUUUUAAAGGAAGACACACUUGACUCUUAUGAUUUGGUUCCUACUGAAAUCUAGUCAUCCUCUGUGGCUGGCUGAAGUUGAGGCAGGAAAUUAAAGGGUAAAUUGCAUCUUAACACCACAGUUGGCCUUGUUUUGGACAUCUUGCUCAUCUUAUGUAAAGCAUCUUCAGAGCAUAGGCUUGGACAACCUAAGGACACCAGGCAGUGGUGUCACCCACCUAGUGAAUAUCCUGCUUGUGUUACUGUGGAUUUUUUUGGCUGCAAAGGUGUCCUCCCUUUCUUCCUCUGCCACUCUAGAAUAAAGCACUGACCAGGAUCCAGUACUCACGAGCUGUACACCUUGUGUUUGGUAGAUGAAAGCAGUGUAGGCACCUAGAGCCUGUCAGUAGUGUCCAGUGCUGCUGCCAGCAGGCACCAAGUGCCCUGAUCAGUCACUGGCUCAGCUUUUUUCUUAGCAACAAUGCAGUAAAAACUCUUUAACACUCCUUUCAUUUGACCUUGGCUGCUGCUGAGCUGUCACCCUUCUGAAUGGACUGUCUGCAGGUGGUGUUGGCAGGUUGGCAACCCAGUGCUCUUGUCAGGGGUGCAGAAAGCAGCUCAACACUCAACAUGCUCUGUCUGUUCAGUGGUUACUGGUGGGCUACUGUGGUGGUUUGUAACUGGUCUGUCUGGGUUUGAAAAGUGGCACUGGAGAGUGUUCUUCCUUUCCAUGGCUACAAGGGAUAGCAGCUGGAGCUUUUAUGGGAUGUUUGACCCAGGUGCUGGUCCAGAAGGCCAAGCAGACAUGGAUGGGAGGAUGGUAGUGUUAUAUGAGAGGCAGAAAUGUCCAGAUCUUUAAGGCAAGUAGCUUUCACAUGGUUACCAUCAGUGUGUGCAGUCACACUGGAUGUCCUGACACUCCCAGACCGUGAUACUUGCACAGAGAGCCCAAAGGAGGUGGUUUAGAAAAGCCACACUGGUAGUUGUGGCCUCUUCAUUAUCUUAAUUUCUCGACUCCAAGGGGGCAAGGAGGUCCUAAGCCAGGUGCUGGAACAGUGAGCAUGUUGGUGAACUCCAGAGGUUACUUGCACAGCAGUCCCUGUGUGCAGUAGGAUUAGCUUCACUCACUUUCUAGAUGUUCUCACCUGCCUGUGCUGCUGUGAAUUCCCGUGCCUGAAACUGUCCAACUUGGGCUGUUGCUUGAGCCUUGACUUUAUUUGCCCGGGUAGUGCCCUGCUGGGGAAGACCUGACACUCCAGUUCUCCACGUUGUUCUCCAGAAGGGCAGGGGAGGUGGUUUUGAGUGUGGACCAGCCAGUUCUGGGUGCAGGAUGGCAAGCACAACGGACUGUGCGCUUUUGCUGCCAUACGGUCUUAGACUUCCUGUGCUAGUGAGUCCUUCACAGACUCUUCUGGUUUUAUGUCCCAAGUACCAUGAACACAAGGCAAGCAGUAGAGGAUGUCUGAGCCCUGAAGGUUUGGUGGAGAAUUGGUGUGUGGUAAGAUGGCAGUGACGUGGUAGAACAGAAAUCAAGUCUGAAUUCUCUCUCUCACCCCUUUUCCGUGGUGCUAACGGAGCUUCUGGCCCUCUGUCAGUGCCAAGUGGAGCAGAAGAGGAGCAGUUUUGUGUCUCUUGAGGUAGCACAGGUGUCUAACAUCACAAAUGUUAGUUUGGCAGUUGUAAGUGUGUAUUAUUCCACUUGACAGAGGGCAGGAAUUGCUGCUGUAGGGAUGGGUGUGUUGGCAGGGAGGCGGGAUCUCUGCAGCCUUUCUUGCUUGGCACCAGUUCUGCUUCUCACAGUGUCUAUCAGGUGUCAUGAAAUUGCCAUCAGAGGGCUUUUUCGUUGUUGUUGUUUUUGAACUGUUGCCACUUUCUGGAAAGGCAUUUUGUAACCUGAUUAGCUUGAAAAGCCUAAUUAGAUGGUUUAUUGUCUAGAAAUAGCAUCUUCCACUAAAUCCCAAACGACAGUGCAGUGAAAGUUGUAGGUUUGUAGCCAUAGUUCUGAAUGUAAACCCUGAUUAGCUCUGAAAGUGGCUUUACUUUCAGAGAUAAGGCUUUCUGGGUUGUUUUUUGGUUUGUUUGUUUUGAUUUGGUGGAGGUUAAGGUUGUCUGGUCAGGAGUUGUGUGGCCUGUGGUGGUGUUGGGCAGUGGUGCUGCUGUGCCUGGGAACUCGGUUGCGGUGCGUGUGCUCUGAGGUGGUGGCACAGGGGUGUGUCUGGAGGCCCUCUGAAGCAAAAGCAGAUCCUAAAUACAUUUCUGCACGAUUCCCUCAGGUGUCCUUUGUCCCUGUAAGGGCACAGUCCUGCAUUUUAAAGGUGUGAUGAUGGCAAAGGGCCCAGGCCAUUUUGUCAUUCAACAUCACGCUCUCUUCCUUCACAUUUUACAACGGGGCCUCCUGCCACUGCUGAUGACCAGACUAGAAAUCUACCAGACCCAGUCUUGAAAUAGCCUCCUCCUUUAAUACCUAAAAAUCUAGAGGUCUUAAUAGCACAGAAGCCCAGAGAACUACUCUUCCAAAAAUAACUUGCUUGUGCUGUUGCCAACGCAACCUCCUGCCUGCAGGCGACCAUUUUCUGUCGGGGGGGAAAGAAGGAAACGGUUGUAAGACACACUGCAGUUGCCUUGAACUUGAGGAAGCCUUUUUAACCUCUCUGAUCUCAUCAGGAGCACUAAAAAUAGCUGUGAUCAGCCAAGAGGAGAGUCUUGGUACGACAAAACCUGAUGUGCCCCUUCCUCUUUGUGGCUCUUGGUGGAGAAGUCUGCCCGAUGCAAGUCAGGAGGUGGGGUGGUUGAUCUCCUUGUCAUCACAAAACCUUCUCUUGGCGAGCUCCUGGGGGUGGAUGGAAGGGGUAGGUGGCUGGGUGGCAGCAGGGCAGGCAGCUCCCAGUUUCCCUCCUGCUUCUGCUGAACGAGUUGUUUCCUAAAUGAUGGCCCAUGUUUGGAUGACAUGGCUAAGCGGGACCACACGUGACGUGUACCUUGUUACUUCUGCUGGCCCCUUGGUGUUCAUUCUUGUUGACCUUAAUAAGCUUAUUUAUUGUUUGCCUAGUGGGUCUGAUCUUUUGCUGAGUUUCCACUUGGGAUUCUCUUGCCUCACCUGCUGGAUGAAUUCCUCUGGGUAGGAACAAAAUUCCUGGCACUUCAGGUACUGUCCAGCGAGCUGAGGACCCGUGCGUCUUGUGUCGCUGGAAAGGCCCUUGUGAAGUUCAAAUAAUUCUGUAACAAAACAAAAGCAUUUCACCUGGAAUCUGACACUUAUCCGUGCAAAAAAAAGAGUUAGUCUUGUUCUGAAAGAAUCCACAGUGAAAAAUAAUGGAGUGAAGAUCAGAAGACUGCAGGGUGGGUGUGGAGGGAUGGGACGAGCCAGGGGGGAUCGCUCGGACCCCGUCACGUUGCAGAGAAGCUGUGUUCAAGUUGGAUGGUGACUUCUGUUAAAACACAACUUUAUCAUUUAGUCGAGAGAAGGUUUAGUACUUUUUUUUUUUUUAAUUAUUUUUGCUUUAUUAGUUUUGUUCUUUUUAAAGAGAAAGGUUUAGUUUUGAGGUGUGCGAGUGCGUUGAGUGUGAGCCCCCGGAGCCUUUCGCUUCUCUCCCUAUUUAAAACCAGAUCUCUGUGCACUCCCACAGCUGCCCUGGGGUUGAGGAUGUUCUUCAGGAUGAGGUUGAACAUCUCAGAGGCCUCUCCCAGGUACUGAUCUUGGUGCAGGGUCCCCGCUGGGGCCAGACCUGCCCUGCUUGGAAGGACCCAAACCAGGCUCCACGUGUCCCACCUUCCCCCUUGUACAGCAGCAGCUGGUUCAACUUUAAUCUCCGUUGGGUUUAUUUCCAAAUGUGACAUUAACAAGGCUUUUUUUUUUGUUUUCUUUUGUAAAUUGUUUCUGUGUAUAAAUCCUUGUUUGGGGGUUUCUUUUUCGUUUGGUUGGUUUGGUUUUGUUUUUUUUUUUUUACAUGCCCACGCUGUGUAACGUUGAGCUGUUACUGAGACUCUGAACAUAAUAAUGUGCAUUUUUUUUUGUUGUUGUUGUUGGUUUGUUUGGGUUUUCUUUUCUGUACAGAAGAAACGGGAGAAUUUAAUAAAAAGAGGCUGCAGGUUUUUA